GGAAAAUGUGGGGGCUGUCAGUGUUCAGGUGUUCCUCGCAUAGAAGUUGACUCGAGGUGUCGAGGUCAUGUCGACAUGCAGGUUUUUCCUCUGCCGGGAAAAAUGUUUCCUUCUCACUUUUUUUUUUUUUUUUUUGUCAAGCAGCAACCGAGGGGUUGGACCGUCAUGCACAUGCUGCGCACGUGCCGCCGUCAUGCUUCCUCUUCACGGGGAAAGGUCCCUGUGGCUUUAAGCUACAACAGGCUGCAAGAGAUAUCUCCAUCUGGACCGCCACAACCCGCAGCUAGCAUCUGUCCCGGAUGCUGGCGAUGAUGUUUUUGGGAUUAGAUGAGUUGGAUGGAGUGGCUGUGAGAUGUGAGGAUUUGUUUGUUUUUAGCAACACAGCGUGAAGAAGAGAGCAAGCAAAGGAGGGGAGGGUGGCGUGGGGAGGAGAGAUCCAGCCCUCUGGGACAGGCAGAGUGUUUUUUGGGGGUGGACACAGUUGCUUUGUAUGCAAAACACCAGCGGCGGACAGCGCCGUCACUCUCUGUGCAGCUCUCUCUGUGGUGGUGCUCCUCUGGAAUCCAGGCGCCGUGAUGUGGAACUUGUGGGAUUAGGCUUACCGGAAGAUGAUGGAGCGGAUGUUAGAGGGAAGGCCGGCGCGCUCUCCGGUCCACUGACUUGUCUUGGUGCCCAUGCGCUCUGUUAGCGAUGUGGAUGUGAGCCAUCGCCGCGCCCCGAUGCCAGCUGCCAUGCUCCCGUGCCCCGCGUCGGCCCGGUCCGACUGGAGCUUCCAGAACCCGGUGGGGGUGGACUGCAGCUCCCCCGAGCCUCGCUGCAUCUGGCUGGCGGUGUUGCGUGGCGGUGUUGCGGCUCCUGCACCAACGCAACCGUCGCCGCCGGUCAUGCCUGUCGGGCGGCGCAGCAUCUCCAAUCAGCUCAGGGCGAAAGGGCGGAGGGAUGGUCUCUCAUCCACCGCCGACAACCCUCGGCCGCCGAUGGCGUCCAGGCCGGGGAGGGAGGGCGUCGGCUCACCUUGGAAAGGCCCCCGGACGCUGGUCCUCCGCAAGAACUCGCAGGGUUUCGGCUUCACCUUGCGCCACUUCAUCGUUUACCCUCCUGAGUCCGCUUUGCACACCAACCUCAAGGAUGAGGAGAAUGGCAACGGAAAGGGGUUCCAGAAGGGACGACUGGAGCCCAUGGACACCAUAUUUGUGAAGAAUGUACGAGAGAAAGGUCCGGCUCACCAAGCGGGCCUGUGCACAGGGGAUCGUCUGGUGAAGGUGAACGGCGAGAGCGUGCUGGGUAAAACAUACUCCCAGGUGAUCACCCUCAUCCAAAACAGUGAGAGUGUGCUGGAGCUCUCCAUUAUGCCAAAAGAUGAAGACGUGCUUCAGUUGGUAAGUGCGUACUCCCAAGAUGCCUACCUGACCGGCAACGAGCCCUUCUCGGGGGGAGCUGAGAACCUCCCGCCGCCGCCGCCCCUCUGCUAUUCCCGCAGCAGGACCACGUCACCUGCAGGGGCGCCGCCGCCUGCCCCCAUGGGGCAGAACCAGCUGGAUAAUUGGAGUCGCUGGCCCGGUUCCCCCAGUCCCUCGUCACCCCUGGACAACCGUUCCUCUGUGUGCAGCCCUCCCAGUUGGCAGGACGGGCGUUCGGUAGAGCUCGGCGGCGUGGGGCACAGCAGUCCGGCUCACCGCACAGAAGAGAUCCAGUACGGUAUGACCGGCCAGCAGCCUCAGGGUCAAACCAGGGGGCGCUCCUACUCGUCUUCUUCAUCGUCAGGGGGCCCUUUAUCCAGCCCGCUGCAGGUCCACUACCCCAACCACCAUGCGGCCAAUUCCACGCAGGCUCAGCCUCGCAAGUCCAGCAACUCGGCUUGGACCAGCCCGCCGCUGCCCCACCUCAGUCACGGCCGCACCGAGCGCUGUCAGCAGGCGCUGUCGGAGUGGUACUACAGCCAAGUGCCCGAGCGCUCAGGGGGGCGCAGCAUGCAGACUCGCCAACGCAGCUACUCCCAGGACCGGCUCAGCGACACAAGGAGGCAGCAGUUUCAACAGCGGGCGGGCGGCUGGCCUCACAGCGCCUCCCAGGACACUCUGCUGUUACUGCAGCAGCCAGGACCGGGGCCCCAUGGGGAGCCCUACUGGUCGUAUGGGGAGUGGGGUCCAGAUAGGGGCCAUCCUGCCUCGAACUACACAAGGACUCGAUCUGAAAACCUGCUGGGGGAGUAUGAUCGUCACGGACGCUCGUUAGAGAUGUUGGACCGAGCCACAGCAGGGUUGGUCUCACCUCGGUGUGAGCGGUGGAACCAGCCUCCCAAGCCGCCCCCCAGGACUGAUCCACACCAAAGGCACGGUGGUCAGUACCCCGCGAAACAAGCACCCCCGAUGCCCCGACACUCACAGGCGAACCCCAAACACCCCACCCAGACCCAACCCCAGCAGGUGCCCCCCAAGAACCGGCGGCUUCCUUCAGGCCAGAGCAUGGACGACCAGCCGGUGGGCUACCGCAGCUACAGCCCCUCCUUCUACCGUAAAACGGGUCGCAUCAUGCAGCAAGCCCACUCAUUCAGGGACCCUUCGUACUCUGGCCCCCACCUGAACUGGAACACCAGCCCGCCAGAGGGCGCGCCAGCCAUCCCACCCGCCGCUCCGCUGGCCUCCACCUCGCCCGAAUCCCAGGAGAGAGCAUACAGGCCCACCAACCACGAGAGGGAGCGAGGGUCAACGGCGGAGGUGGUGGCAGCGCAGGCCCAGGAAGUAGUCAUGCGCCAGAAGCCUCCCAGCGGGCGGCGGAACGCCCACGGCAUGCGGCACCCUCACUACGUGCUCCCCGUGGACGGCCUGGAGCCCUCCCUGUUCUCUCCGGAACCCCCAGACUCGACAGCCGCAUCCAGCUCCUCGGGAGAAGCGGUGCCGUGUAAGGCGAAUGGUGGCCUGGUCCCACUGUCCCUGGAGGACGACUCCCUGGCAUCCAUCCCCUUCAUCGAUGAGCCCACCAGCCCCGGUGCUGACUUGCGCGCCCGCCACGUGCCGGCGUCCUCCGUGGUCUCCAGCGGCAUGAGUUCGGCGCCCGCCGCGGUCGCCAGCCCCGCUUCCCCCACCUUCACCUUCCCCGCCACUAGGCUCUUCUCACAUGACUGCAGCGCUAUUAAAUCCGGUCGCCGUUCCUCCUAUCUUCUAGCCAUCACCUCCGAGCGGUCCAAGUCGUGCGACGAGGGGCUCAACACCUUCCGUGAGGACGGACGCGUCUUCUCGAGGCUACCAAAGAGAGUCAAGAGCUUCUUCACAGAUGGGUCUCUGGACAACUUGGGGACGGAGGAGGAGAGGCGAUCCAAGCGACACUCCACCUCGGAGCUGGGGAACAUCACGUACAGCGACGUUCUGCGUCAAGGGUGGCUGCACUACAAGCAGAUCCUCACGGAGAAGGGCAAGAAGGUGGGCAGCGGCAUGCGGCCGUGGAAGCGAGUCUUCUCGGUGCUGCGCUCCCACUCGCUGUUCCUCUACAAGGACAAGCGGGAGGCGGUGCUCCGCGGGGCCACGGUGGGGGGCGGCGCAGAGGACGAGCAGCCCAUCAGCAUCCGCGGCUGCCUGGUGGACAUCGCGUACAGCGAGACCAAGCGCAAGCACGCCCUGCGGCUCACCACGCAGGACUUCUGCGAGUACCUGCUGCAGGCGGAGGACCGCGAGGACAUGCUGGACUGGAUCAAGGUCAUCAGGGAGAACAGCAAGACGGAUAACGAGGAGUUGGGCUUUUCCAGGCAGGCGCUCAUCAACAAGAAGCUGAACGACUACAGGAAGCAGAGCCCAACUGGAAGCAAGCCGGACGCGUCGCCCAGGUUGUCUCGCAUGAAGCCCCCCUUCCUGCUCGCCAAGACGGAGAACGCUUUGGGGGCGCCGCGCUCACCCAAACCAGACGGCAAAGACGAGAGCGCCCCCCCAAAGUCCCCGUGGGGAAUCAACAUCAUGAAGAAGACCAAGAAGGCCGGCCCCAAAGCGUUCGGCGUGAGGUUGGAGGAGUGCCAGCCGGGCGUCAACAACAAGUUCAUCCCGCUGAUCGUGGAGAUCUGCUGCGGCCUGGUGGAGGACAUGGGUCUGGAGUACACCGGCAUCUACCGCGUGCCGGGCAACAACGCCAUGGUGUCGCUGCUGCAGGAGCAACUCAACAAGGGCGUCGACAUCAACCCGGCAGAGGAGAAAUGGCAGGACCUCAAUGUCGUCAGUAGCUUACUGAAAUCCUUCUUCCGGAAACUCCCAGAGCCGCUCUUCACCAACGACAAGUACAACGAUUUCAUUGACGCCAACAGAAUGGAGGACGCAUCAGACAGACUGAAGACCAUGAAGAAGCUGAUACGAGAUCUUCCAGAUUAUUAUUACCACACGCUCAAGUUCUUAGUGUGUCACCUGAAGACAGUGGCGGACCACUCGGAUAAAAACAAGAUGGAACCACGUAACCUGGCUCUGGUGUUCGGGCCCACUCUGGUGCGGACGUCCGAGGACAACAUGAAGGACAUGGUGACACACAUGCCCGACCGCUACAAGAUCGUGGAGACGCUCGUCCAACACUACAUUUGGUUUUUCAGCGAUGAGCCAGACAAGGAUGAAAAGACGCCGGUGGACACGGAGGACGUGCAGCCCGCCCCCAACAUCGACCACCUCCUGUCCAACAUCGGGCGCACCGCUCUGCUCGGGGACGCCUCUGACUCCACCAACAGUGACUCAGCAAAAUCCAAGGGGUCCUGGGGGUCCAAGAAGGACCUCACGGCCAAGGACUUCCUGACUCUGUCCAUCAUGUCGGCCGUCACGGGCCGCAAGCGCAGGAAGCGGCACAACGCUCGCCGUGUGGGCAGCAGCACCGACGACGACUCGGAGCACGAGCCCGUCAAAGCGGGACACCCGGAAGCCGAGGAGGAAGAGGAGGAGGAAGACGAGGCAGAGUCGCCACCGGGAGACGCCGCUCCUCACGCGGAGGGGGAGGCAGACGACGACGACGAUGAGGAGGAGGAGGAAGAAGAAGAAGAGGAGGAGGAGGAAGAGGAGGAGGUUGUGCAAGCGGAGGUGAAAGAGGAGGCGGCGGCUUCCAGUCCGAACAGACAGGAAGAAGAGGCAGUAGGAAGGUCGAAGCCGGCGUGGCGGGCGCCCGAAGACGCGCGUUCCAUCGUGUCAGGGUACUCCACCCUCUCCACGUUGGGGCGGAGCCUGGGCUCGGAGGGGAGGGCGGAGGACGCCGACGACGAGCACAGCGAGCUGGUGAGCGAGACGGACAACGAGAGCGGCUUCGCCUCGCGCUCCGUCACGCAGGAGCGGCCCGAGAAGCGCACGGCGGGGCCGCGCGGCGCCACGAACAAGACCCCGAUGGCGGCGGCGACGACGACGGCUGCCGCCGCCCCCUCGCCACCCGCCGCCACCGUCACGCUCAGUGCGGACGCCGCAGAGAGGAGCGAGGGAGGGGCAAGGUCCACGACGCCGUCGUCGUCGUCCUCCGCCGCCCACAGGCUUCACUCGCGGCCUUCCUUCAACUCCCACAAGCUCAUCCAGUGCGACACGCUCGCCCGCAAGAAACUCAAGGGCGACAAGGUCAAGGCUCGCUCCCUCGACCUGCUGGACGUCCCUGCUCGGAAUCACGGCGCCGCGCCGGACGCCGCCCCCAGGAUGAGGGGAGAACCCAGAACCGACCCCUCCUCGGGAAGCAGCCAGGAGAGUCUCCGCCCGGGGCGAGCGCCGCCCAGCGAGGCCGCCUCCUUCGCGCCCGCCGCCAAGUCCCUCGCCGAUCAGGUACGCGCCCGCCUGCUGGGCUCGGCCGACGACCUGCGCAGCGUCGGCAUGCGCAAGCCGCUCUCGCCCGAGAGCCGCCGCAAGAGGCGGGCCUGGCGCCGCCACACGGUGGUGGCGUCCCCCACCGAGGCGGGCGACAAGAGGCCGCCGCUGCCCAUCACAGAGUUCCCGCUGUCUCCCGUCGCCGCAAAAACGCAGCCGGUGCCUCCUCUGGAGGAAGAUGGCGGCGAGCGGGGGCCUUGUGGCCGCCACGCGCCCACUUCCAGGUUCCACCAGUACCUGUGAAGCCCGGCGGCGAGCGUCUGCGGCGAGCGUCGGCGGCGAGCUGCCUGCUGAGCUGCAGGUCAGCAGGCCGGCAGCGCGCCAACGCUUAAAAAGACGCCGCCAUCUUUUUUUGUGUUUUCUCGUCAUCUAAACCUACGCUUCCUGUGUACAGCAGGGGGCGCUCACUUCCUGUUGACGUUGCCAAAGCUCUUUUUCUUCUUACUUCUUUAAUUGCGCCUUUUCUACUUUGGACGCGGAACAGCAGCAGCAGGGCCGAGACAUGUGACCUCAUCUUCGCCGACACGGCCGUGCAAAAGUCUUGGGUCACCACCGCAUUUCUUCUUGGAAGGAGGAAGUAGAAUAUAACAGAAAUCAAUCCAUAUGAAGCAUGUCCAAGCCAAAAGGGUGCACAGCCUGGCAGCAACCAGUAGGGGCGCUGUUUCACCCACUUUAUUAUCUUAAGUGGCCAAUUCAUUUGAUGGCCAAUCAUCAAUACAGCAAUUGUAGGAAUAAUUAUUCCGGAAACAAAAGUUAACAGUGUGGAAAAAAACACUAAAAUUAGUCCUGUAUCACAAAAACAACAACUUUUUAUAGUAAAAAAAAAAAGUACAUUUGCGUCAUUGUGCUAAUCUUAAAAGAAAGACGAAGAAAUGCUAAAACGACAACGCCAACGGUGACUCGGCACUUUUUCACAGCCGGGCAAACAGUUCCCACCUCGAGGGCUUGAAGACGCGGAGUAAAACCAUUUCAUGGCUUCCUGGAUGGCUGCCCCCCCCCCCCCAACAUUUGUACAAAGCCUUGUUUUUAAGUUGUAAAUAUCAACGUUGUCCUGUUUGUUUUUAUUUUUUCUUAAUAAUAAUUUUUUUAUGGUUUACAAACGUGCGCACACAAACACAGGCCGACUUGAAAUGCUCCCUUAAUAUAUUGUUUGUUUAUAUAUAUAUAUAUAUAUAUAUGAUAUAUAUAUAUGGCCACCUCUGGUUGUCGUCACUUCCUGUCUUGAGGCGUUUUAACCACACCGCGGUGACUAAUCCAAACAGUCUCUUCAUACCUCAACAUUUCUUUGUUGGUUUUUCAACAAGUGCCUAAUUUCUGGAAUGUUGUCCAGCAGUGCCACGCUCGCUCCUCUUCCCAUUCCAUCUUCUUCUCCUCCUUCUUCUUCUUCUUCUUCUACCCUCGUGUGAGGUUCCCGUCUGUCCUCCUGUGGUUUUCACGCUCGACUGAGACGUCCACGGUCAACUUCAAGUGGGCAUAAAGACUUCAAAUAAGCACACGUCAUGCCAAGGACACGUCUAUGCACUCCCUCGUCCUCACACACACACACACACACACACACUCAUUACUUUGAGAAUAAAACACAGCGUGUUGUCGCUUAUGUUUGUGUACAUACUACCUUAAUAUGUAACAUAUUGUCUGACAUUGUGUACAUUUAAGUCAAACUAAUUGUCUGCGUGCUUUAAAGCAAGGUUAUUAUUAUUAUUAUUAUGAUGUAAAUAAAAAAGAAGUACGUUAUAAAAAAAAUAAAGGGGUGUUCUGUCUUUUGGUGUUAAGUUGUCAAUGGCGCCCUCUUGUGGUUACGGAUCAGUAUGGCCUCAGUAGAGUUCUUUGAAGUGUUUUUUUUUUUAACAGCAAACCCUUCAUGUUUAGCAUCUUUUCUUACAUCAUAUUCAUUUCUUGGGGCGUCUUUUUAGCAUCUUUGAGUUCAGUCAUGUUGGGAAAGAGCCGGAAUAAAGUUUUUAUUAUUAAUGUACAACAUAUGUCAAGGUCCUAACAUAUUGGGAUAUAUUUUAGUAUGUUUGGAGUUCCAGUUUAAUUUUUGAAAAAAAAAAUAUGAUUUCCCAAAUGCAGACCGCAGCUUUGGUUUUUAUUUCAAUAUUCUAUUCAUAAUGCAUGACGCUAAAAUAAUUAUUGAAAUAUAGUGAACACCAUUAGCACAUUAUUAAGCUAGGCUUAUUCAUUACGAGAGGACACAAACACACUACAAGGUAGUUAGUCAAUUUAGGAAAUAUUUAUUUUAGUUUGAACUGGCUGUUAACACACAACUGGUAAAAUGUUAACAUUUAACUGGCCCGAUUCAUGUCGUGUUGUCAUAACUCUUUUUUUUCUUGUAGGUUGGAGGAAAUGCAACAUAAAACAGUUUGUCAAUUCAGGAAGAACGAAAAAGAAAAUGGAUGUCAAUGACACUUGAAAGAGACCAUGUCGUCUUUACAAAAACAAAAACAGAAACAAAAUACUUACAACUCCUCAGUAAGACAAUGAACGUCCGGAAAAGGAAAAACUACUGCAGUGCAUGGCAAGGGCCGAUGAUCCACGGGGGUCCCUAGUCGCCGGUGACCUGCCCCCGGUCCUCCCCGGUCCGGCUCUGCAGGAGGAGCUCCGUGUUUUGGGCCCUCAGUCUCUCCAACUCCCUCUCCAGCUCCCGGAGCCUCACCAGGGAGCCCUCCACGCUCAGACCCCCGGGCUCCACGGCGCGCCUCAGCCGGUUGUUCUCCUCCUCCAGACGGGACAUGCACUUCUCCAGCUCCAGGUACUCCUGGACCAGCUCCUGCUUGGUCAUGUUCUGCAGGCUC